UUGAUGGAACCAGUUCAUUUCGGACUUUUUGAAUGAUCAGUGAAUCGGUUUUUAUGGGAGUGGGGCGAUCAGUAAUUGCGUCACUAUUUAAUAUUUGAUUUAAAUUACCAAAUUGUAUGACAGGCACAAUGACCACAUGAAAUAUGAAAAUUAUUAUGUUAAGCGCAAUAAUACAAGAAUGGCUUACGUCUACAUAUAUAUGGACCCCACUCAGCUCAACUAUAUGUAAAGGCUAAAUUUUGUGACGUGGUGCGCAGAGAGAGAGAGAGAGAAAGGGAGAGAGUUCAAUAUCUGCGCAUAUAUAUAUAUAUGAGAUUACCUUUGGUUAACUCACAAUCGCGAAUGGAAACAUAUUGUGUGGAAGUGGACUUGCUUGAUUGUCAAAAAUCUGUAAAAUGCGAUGAGCGUGGCAGGUGCAAUCAAUAACAAUGCACUCCCACACAAAUGAAGGCAUCAGCCCCGGCAGCACCGAAGGAAAAAUACGCUGCAUUUUCCUAAGCGAAUUCCAUGCAACGGCUGGCUGCAAAAUCAGCUGUCAGGUGCCAGAGAAUUACAUUUCCAAAGAGGUAUUCGAUGCCAUCAAUGUUUACAUUAUACCCAAGCAGCAUCUGCAACGCUGUAUUCUAACAGUGAAUGCGAUGGAGGUGAAAAUCGUUGGCUAUCCGGUUGGCAUACAGGACCAGCAGAAAUAUGCGCGCAAUGCGUUUCUCUUUAAUCUAUGCUUCGUUUGCGAUUCGCGUGCCCGGUCCGUGCAAUAUGAGCCCGUUGUGAAGAAGCUGUCCGAAUAUUUGAUUAUGAUGGAGGAGGAAUCGUGCUUCUUGUCCCGCGAAGACGAUAAGCUGCGUCUACAGAACAUCUUUGAAACGGUGCUGCGGGAUCUGAAUGAGCGCAAAGUGGCGACCAUCGUUGAAGGCGACAAUACAAUAUAUUUAAAGAUUGUGAUGCAUAAGCCAGAUCCACCGCCAGUCAAAGAUCACAUGGUGCCCUUGUUGCUAGCCAAUCUACGUGAUACACCGCUCGAAAACUGGGACCUAACCACACAGCAGAUAUUACCUUAUAUCAAUGGCAUUAAUCACGUAGCCCGCAUAGCAGCUGAGGCAGAUGUGGAAACGGAUCUGGUCAAGUCGUGCAUACAGAAUUUGGUUUAUUACGGCGUUGUGCAAUUGCUGCCCAUAUUAAAAUAUAGCAAUGUCUACAUGACACAGAACCUUAAGCACCUCAUACAGAGCACAGCGUUGAGCAAUGCCUGUCGCAAGUACGUGGCACUCCAGCCAGAUAAACUCCUGCCCAGCGUCCAGAGAAUCUUUCAAUUCUAUGCAUCCAUGACGCACGGCGUUACGCUUCGUGCCAUAUGCCAGCGGCUCUGUCCGCAGCAUCAUAACAUUGAUGAGCGCAAGAUGGUUAUCUUUGGAUUGCAGCAUAAGUUUAUACGCUGCAUACAAAAGUAUCCGGUUUUUACCGGAUCGGUUCCAUCGGGUCGCCAAAAGAUGUACACGGGUCUGAUUAGUUUCGAUGAGAUUUGCUGCAAGACUGGCCUCUCGCCGUUCACCAUCGAGAAGGAUAUUGAAAAGGAUACGAAUGUGACUGUGAUUUGGAAGUAGUUCAAUGCCUCUCGUCUUAUAUGUUUCAAUUGUAAAUCGUCUGAACCGUUUUUAUGUGUAGCUUAUAUUGAUAAUUAUGUUUCCAUUCUUUACAAAUUGUUUGUUAAAUCUUGAGGAGGAAAUGAAGCAGAGCUAAUGCCAACUGCAUAGUGCUGAAUCUGAAUAUUAAAUAAAUAAGCAGAAUUGUUAAAAUAUUAAUUAUUAGGGGUUUUCCUUUUACACAACAAAUAGAUCAAGCACAAAAGCAUAUCCCUUCUCUUUCAUAGCCCCCCGUAAAAUGUUAUCUAGAAUUACUAAUUUUAAAAGCUCUAUUAAAUGUAUAUUAAAAAGAUUAAAUAUUCGAACAAAUA